CUUUUGGACAUAAAAUUCAAUUGGAUAUAUUGUGUUUUUGAAACAUGAGCAAAAGGCUUUUGGGCAUAUAAGACAUUCAGAACGGCAAUGAAAAGUUUCUAUGGUAUAAAACCGAUACUCUAAGACCAAAUUUUCUGCAAGAAGCGAAGCGAAGAGCUUUGAUCGUGUGUUUUUUUUAAUCGAUCCAGCGCAUCUGUUCAUGUGAAAUUCAGGUCACAGCAUCAAAUUAUAAAGAAGAAUAUGUGCAAUUGAAUUUUGCAUUUUAUAAGCUCAAUUUGAGGCAUUUUCGAUCUGGAGCUAAAACAUUGCACACAAAUAAAGUUGAAUUGAAGUGAAAUGAGGACGAAUAAGCGCUGCAUGGAGCAUUUGAAUUGUUAAUGAGAGUAAACAAAUUAUGAUCAAGUAAACAGUUAUCGUCGUUUUUUAUUCCACUGUAAUGUUUUGUUGAAGAGCUUUUAAAAAAGUUUGAAAAGUAAUAAAUUAAGUAUUCUAGAAACUUCAACAGAACCAUAAUCGUCAAACAAGCAGCUGAGAUCAAAAUUCUUCGUCAUAAAACCAGGUGUCUUCGAAAUGAGCUGUGCUGAUCUGCUUCGACCCAACAACCGAUCUUUUGAAUACGGAGCAUUUUCAUACGAAUCUUCAGCUGAUAAUGAACAUGGAGAAUUGAAAACAAUUAUUUUCACCGUUCUACUAGCAACAAUGAUGGUAUUUGGAACGUUAACAAAUUGCUUCGUUAUCUACGCACUUGGACGCAAAAAUAAAGCAAAGAAAUCAGAUGUCUUCAUCAUUGCUCUUGCACUAUCUGACGUCAUGACAUUCCUAACAGGACCUAUUGAAAACUUCAAAGAUUUUUACCAGUUAUCAAUGCCUUCCUACGUGAGUCAGAUUAUAAAUAUAAUUUUCGUUGCUGCAACUCAAGAGGCUGGCUGGAUAUUACUUUUCAUCACAGUCGAGCGAUAUUGGGCAAUAAAAAAGCCAUUGGAGUUUAGACGAAUCACGUUCAAAACAAGGGUCUUCGCCGUCCUAGCUUCAUUCCUGUUUACGAUGACUUUCACAGUAACGCGAGCAAUCUUCACAAAAGAUAACAUUUUGCUGUAUUUGUACACGACAAACAUUCUACAAUUCCUAUCAUUUGUUUUACCACUUGUUGGCAUCAUUUGCCUCUAUACAAUUUGCGUAAAGCAUUUGAAACAAAACAAUGUUGAAAUCAGGAACAACAUUGCACAAGAAAGAAGACUGGCCUCGCACAAACGUAUCUGUAAACAAUUUCUUAUUGUCAUCAGCCUCUAUUUCAUAUGCAUUGCACCAGUAACAAUCUUUACUACCAUCUUAGCCAUCCGAGUUUCAAAAGACCCAAAAAUGAUUUGCAGCUUUAUCACCAGCGCGAAAAAUCCCUACCAUUUUUUGAUCAUUCUCUUUUGCAUUAAUGGGUGUAUCAACCCGUUUCUUUAUGCUAAAAUACAUCCACAAAUAAAGCACUCUGUAGAAGUGCUCAAGUGCUGGCAGGGCACGAAUGCUGGAGGUACGAAUGCAGGAGGAACAGCAGUCGAACUGGAAACAAGACAAAUUUAACUGAAACAAAGGGAAGAAGCUCAAAGGGAGUUUUUGAGACAGAGAGUGUAAUGCUUCAAGAAAGACUCUGUCAUAAGUAAACAGUUAAAACUUUUGCAAAGAUGCACACAUAGAGACUGGCCAUAAAGUAACUGCUAUAUGAGGGUGGGUAAUAUUUGGAUAGGCCACGAACAAUUGUAAAAUAUCUUUUUGGGCUAUGAAAAAGAUUAGGGCCAUUUUUAAUUCCAUUGAAAAUUUUACCAUAAAAAAAUUAUUUUUUGACUUCGCAACAUUCCCAGAUAGCUUGUAACUGGUGCUAGCAUUGGUUUGCAGAUGUGACGCGAGAUACCGCAAUAAAGAUUUUCUGCAACUUUUUUCAUUUACUACUUCCUUUCUGCUUAUCUCUUGUUUUCUCUUGAUAUUUUUCUUUCUGUCCCUUCUUUUCUCUUCUUUCUCGAAGUCCGGGACAGUCAAAAAAGCCUUGAUAUUGGCAGAAAGAGGUGUAGAAAUGCAACAUGUGUUUGUACCUUAUCGUCUAUGCCAACAUGUGCCUUAUCGUCUAUGCCAAACCUUUGAACAAGUGAGAAAUGAAUAUCUUUUCAAUAUGUUUGAAGAAUUGGACCUAAAUGGGAAAGAUAUUCGGUUGCUAAGGAAUCUGUAAAAAAAGCAAACAUUUCAUAACAUAUUAGAAUCUGACACUCCUAAGAGCAUAAACAUCAGAAUAAGAGUCCGAAAGAACACGAUGAAAAAUAUAUACCCAGUUGUGGAUCAAAAUAGGCCAAUCAGAAAAUCACAAGCACAAGAAAAAUGCAACCGGUAUAGUUGUCCAAUCAGUGUCGCGUGCCUAAAGAGAAAGUACCACUGGAGUCCAAGAGAGAAAACGAACUCCUUUUGUCUAUACAAUGGCGGCUUUUCGUUUGUAUGUAGAUCGAUCCCAAAACUACUAGAUGGAGAGACGACCGGGCUCUGCCAAUUAUCCGAAACAUAUCUUCAUUAUAGACUCUGGCAUAAUCUGGGUUGUCUAUAAGAUGUUGACCGAUGACAGAAUCACUUGUUUUAACAGUGUUUCUAGACCUACAAGAUCGAGGAGCAGUUUUGUUUCUCAUGUUGGAAGGAACAUGCUGUUAAAUCCUAUCCCCCAAUCUUUGGGUUGUGCGUCCUACGUAGCCAGAAUCACACUGGCACGUAAACUCAUAAACAACGGAACUUUCUUGGUUGGUAGGAUGGCAAUCCUUUUGAAUGGAUGGAAGGCGAAGGGCUCUCCUAGUGCUGUAAACAAUACCGGAAUUGACAGCAAAAAUACGUAUUGGGAAAAAUGUAUAAGAAUUGGAAAUGAAGACUGUAAGUAUACAGAAAUAAGAAGGGGUGUUAGACAAGGAUGUAGGUUGAGUCCUGACUUGUUUACUUUUCAGAGAUUUAGAAAAAUCAAAGGAUCAAUCAUUGGAGUUAAUAACAUCAGUAAUGUGCGCUUUGCUGAUGAUACUGCUUUAAUUUCUACAUUGGAAGAAAGACUUACUUGGUAAGCAGCAGAAAGCAGAAAGCAGAAAGGAAAAUGAGAUUUAACCAACUUAUUGCAAAAGAACAGAAUGUAUGGUUAUUAGCAGAAAGAAAAUAACACCAACAUGGUCAGUCAAUAGUACCCACCCCCACCCCCCUCCACCUGGGAUAGGUCGCUUUCUAUUCUCCGCCAUCGGCAUUCUCUAUUAGCAAUUGCCAUUAACUUUUGAGCUCCCCCGGAAAAAAUAUAAGUCUGUGCCUAUGAUAUCUUUAAUAGUUUCGUUCAUAAAAUUAUUAUUUUGUGAAUAUGUACCACAAUAUUUAAAUAAGAAGUUUUAUGUGAUUGAUUGAGAUUAACAAUUUCUUAAAGUUAAAGAAAAUUUUAUCGCAUUUAAACACUUAUCUUAUGUUUAAACUCUGCAAUCUAGUUUUAGAUGAUUAAAGUCCUUAUUUCAUAAUAAGCUAAUUACUCAUGUUGAUUGUUGAUUAUCAUAAUUUCAAACGUAUUUUCACAACAGUGUUUUCAAAAUCUAACUACCGAUGUGUAAAUGAUUGAUUAGAAAAGAACAUUUAAAUUAGCAACGGGAAAGUUGUCUUAUUAGUUUUUGUGUUUGACUAUGAUCAAAGAAAGAAGUUUUUUAGAAUUGGCAGAUUUGAGCUAUGCAAUCGAUUUAGUUAUGGCAGUAAGACAACGCUUUUUUACUUAAAACAACAUUUGAAAGCUAAAAUUGUGCAACAUUUUUUGAAUGGGAUUUUACCCUGAGAUUGGGCUAAUGACAGAUCCAUAAAAUAUAUUGAUGUAAAAAUCACAAAGUUAAUAAAGAACAAAUCGAGAAUUCUCGACAAUCAUUUUAUUUCACUGUUUCCUUUGUUUUUGUUGAGAUUUACCAUCGAAUUGUGUUGCUCAAAAGAUUGGUCUAAACGUGACUACUGACCUAAAGGUCCCGAAUAUUUGACAUUAAAAUUUUCUAUGCACGACCCAGCUAAACAUUCCAGACUUAUAUUGCACGUUGCAACAUUUUUGCUUGCAUGGAACAUGAUGCAGGAGUUCAUGUUAACAUUUUUUGCUAAAGCACUGGCGAGAAAAAUACCCAAGUUGCCCUGGAUUUUGACUAAACUAAACAUAUUUUUAAACUGAUACCAAAUGUUGAAGAGUUGCAAUGAUUCGUAUAUGCUAACCAGUUAAUGAAGUUUUCAAGAGUAAAAUCCAUAAUAAAUAUUUCUUUUUUUUUACUUCAAAAAUCAACAGAUGUCAUCUCGGUUGAAGGCUAGCAAUUCUUAAUUGAGUUGUGUUCAGCGUGUGCUUUUUAAGGGACAAAAUCUGAAUAUUUGUCCAGAACUAGCCACAGUCAUAUCUUACAAUCUCUCUACAUUAUACAUUUGACAGCAUAGCGGUCAAACCUUUGAUUGGCUGAGAGCUCUGUUCGCUACCAUGUUCUAAGCCAAUCAGAAAACAGGAUUCUCACAACAAAAUCGCUUUGCAGCUAGAAUUAGGCUCAUUUUCGACAUUUAUGCGUGUUUUUACCACAUUGUCUACAGAAAACAUUGCACGCCUCUACAAAGCGAAUUUUCACUUUAUUUUUUGUCCAGUUCAUCAUCAUGCGUUGCUAUUUAACCUAUAUUGGCGUCACUGUUUGAUCGCGGGAAAAUUUCGAGGGUGCGUUUUCGUCAAUUUUUCCCGCCGUUUUCAAAUUUUAUUAGAUCCCAGUCUUACCGCGUGAGUGUAUUCGCCAUUUUUAUCACAUAAAAUUAGUAAUAAUGGACAAUUGUCUUUGGACAAUCAUGAUUGAAAUUACUUUGGGCUAUUGCUGAAAAUUUUUCACUUUUAUGAAAUCAAUUUUGAUUCCAGAGGACAAAGAUACAUUUAUUGAGUUCGAGGGUGAAUAUGAAAGCCUUCGUGCCGUUGUAAUAAUUACAUCUAAGGCUGAACAGUGAGUGCAUCUUUGACGGGAUUAUGAACCAUUCCUAGAUUUAAGGCAAGUAUAUAUGAUUGAUUUUGUCUAAAUGUAAAAUUUCUAAAGCGCUUUGGGUGGGGAGAGGUAAAAACGUAAUUUACCUGAAUUUGACACGAAAUUUAGCGAUCAUUUGUGAGGUGUUUUUUUAUAUUAUUCUUUGCGAUCGAGCAGUGGCGCCAAUAUAGGUUAAAUAGCAACGCAUGAUGAUGAACUGGACAAAAAAUUAAGUGAAAAUUGGCUUUGUAGAGGCGUGCAAUGUUUUUGUAGACAAUGUGGUAAAAACACGCUGAAAUCGCGAAUAUGGGCCUAAUUCUAGCUGCGAAGCGAUUUUGUUGUGAGAAUCCUGUGUGCUGAUUGGCUUAGAACAUGGUAGCGAACAGAGCUCUCAGCCAAUCAAGAUUUGACCGCUAUGCUACAUUUGACUUUCUGUGUCACAAUAAACUAUAAGCUUAAAAAAGAAUCACGAAAAAAAAAUCAGGGCCUCUGCAAUUGUUCUUGCCAUUUAUGAACAUUAUUUAAACUAUGGUUGGUAUCUCACAAGCAAUGUGGUGCAAUCAUUUGCACAUCUCGUACUGUUCCUUAAGAUAAAUAUCAGCCAUAUGACUUUUUAAGCAAGAAGCAUCCACGCAGAGGGUGGGGACUGAUUUCCAAGUAAGGCCGCGUAUACAGGAUGCCGGAUUCAUUUUAUAUCGGAUUUGCAGCACCGUAUUAGGUUGGUUUCAUACCAGAUAGGGCUCCUGUUUACACGACAGUAGUCAUUCCGCACUGCGAGGUGCAGCUUUUUGUUUCGGAGCCUCUGCGUUGGUAUUUGAGUCGCGCCAAAAAAUUACCUACCACGUGAGCACUGAUGUGAGUCACUUGAAGCAGUAAAAUGGCGGGAGUAGGGAAAAAAAAUUAAGGAAGAAAUUUUUUCUGGACUGAGCAAGUAAUUGAGCUGUUGCUAGAGACCGUGAGACCGCAUGCAGCGAGUUCUCAAUUCGAGGGGAAAAAAAGGAAGAGUUUGAAGUCUUCUUAAAUAUAAGGAACAUUUCGCAAAAAGAUCCAUUAGGCGGCUACUUACCUGAAAAAUUUGCGCAAGACCAAUCACUGUGGUAAAGAAAAAUUUCUCUUUAUCAGCAUCCAUCUCGUUUUCUUGAUAAUGAAACCACAAUUUGUUGAAAAACGCGCCAAACGUGGGGUUGAGGCCACAGGGAUUGUGACUGAGGUUGAGGAGCAAGUUGAUACCGGAUUCUAGCGUUACACGAGCACUUUACCCAAUCCGAUACAUAUCGGAUUGGUUUCAUACCACUUUCGUAGCGAAGUGAUUUCACUCCGCAAAAGCGGAUACAUACCGGAUUGGGUCCUCAUUGUGUGAACAGAAGGCCUAUCUUGCAUGAAAGGAAUCCGAUAUGAAAUGAAUCCGGUAUCGUGUAAAGUCAAGUCUUAGUUUAAGGAAAAAUUUUAUCCUUAACUUUCGUCCCUGCUCCCGCCAGUUUUCUGUUUUAGUGACUCACAUCAGUGCUCACGUGGCAGGUAAAGGGGAAACAGGAGCCCUAUCUGGUAUGAAACCCAUCCGAUACGGUGCAGCAAGUCCGAUAUGAAAUGAAUCCGAUAAAC